AUGAGUUUGACGGCAUCAGAGAUAGCCAAGAAGCUGAAUCUGGAACCUCACCCAGAAGGUGGCUUCUACGUCGAAACAUUCCGAGACCAUUCCAUCCAUCUUUCCACUUCACAGCUCCCCCUCGAAUACAAAGUCGAUCGCCCUGUCUCCACCUCCAUCUAUUUCCUUGUUCCCUCUGGAAGCGUUUCCCGCCUCCAUCGCAUUCCCUGUGCCGAAACCUGGCAUCAUUACAUCGGCGACCCUCUCACCGUUGUGGAAUUGAGUGAGAAAGAUGGGAGUGUGAAGUUCACUUGCCUUGGAUCCGAUCUCACUGGGAAUCAGGUGCCGCAGUACACCGUCCCUCCCAACGUCUGGUUUGGCUCUUUUCCCACCAACGAUUAUACCUUCUCCACCGAUGGGGUCUUCCAAUCUGCUGCUGAUGCUGCUGCUCCCAGAGAUAGUGAGAGGAACUACACUCUUGUCGGAUGCACGUGUGCACCUGCGUUUCAGUACCAGGACUUCGAGCUCGCUAAACCUUCUUACCUCCUCGCUCGCUUCCCCCAAUUGGAGCCUCUCGUCACUGCUCUCACGUUCCCCGAGUGA